AUGCAAAACAAUCCCUUGCGUAUAGGCAUAAAAGAAGAAAGCAUUUUAUCGGCAAUCGGCGAUCCCCCACCGUCUCUGAUCUUUCUCUACCCAAUUUCACGCACACAACAACAGAAACAUAUAUACGCACACAGUGUUCAACAAUCAGAGUCAACAAAGAUUCGAACUGAGGGAAGGCAGAAUGUCAUCAUCGUAAUCUCGAGAUCCAAAGAUCGAUUCACCUUGGAUGAACUCAGAUAUUUAACUGACCAACUGAUGAAAAUUCAAGUUGUUAAUGACGUUAACAAGGAUUUUGUGAUAGAGGCACUGAGAUCAAUUGCAGAGUUGAUAACAUAUGGCGACCAGCAUGAUGCAAAUUUCUUUGAGUUUUUUAUGGAGAAACAAGUCAUGGGGGAAUUUGUACGGAUAUUAAAGAUCAACAGGAAUGUGAUUGUUUCAAUUCAACUGCUACAAACAAUGAGCAUUAUGAUUCAGAAUCUGAAAAGUGACCACUCCAUAUAUUAUUUGUUCAGUAAUGAAAAUAUAAACUCCCUUAUAACUUAUUCUUUUGACUUCCGGAAUGAAGAGCUAUUGUCAUACUAUAUAUCCUUCCUCAGAGCAAUCAGUGGAAAGGUGAACAAGAAUACCAUAUCUUUGCUUGUUAAGACUGAAAAUGAGGAUGUAGUUGCCUUUCCCCUUUAUGUUGAGGCAAUUCGUUUUGCUUUCCAUGAAGAGGGCAUGAUUCGUACUGCAGUUCGUGCAUUGACUCUAAAUAUAUAUCAUGUUGGAGAUGUAGUUGUUAAUAAAUAUAUCUCCAGCAUCCCUCAUGCCGAUUACUUUUUGAACUUGGUUAAUUUUUUUAAAGAGCAUUGCAUCAGCUUAAAUGGAAUGGUAUCACCUACCACAGAGAGUGAAGGGAGCGAAUCAACAUCUAGCAUAUUCUCUGCUGUUGAUGAAAUUGAAGACAAUCUAUACUAUCUUAAUGAUGUUGUAUCUGCUGGGAUUCCAGAUGUUGGGACAUUAAUUACAGACAGCAUGUUGAAAAUGCUCAUAUUUCCCCUGCUUCUUCCUUCACUAAGAGUUGAAGUUUCUGAUGAAAAGGCGUUUGGUUCUGUGACUUCUCUUUAUUUGCUGUGUUCCAUAUUGCGGAUUCUCAAGAUUAAAGACAUGGCAAAUACUAUUGCUGCAGCCUUGAUUUGUUCCAUGGAAGCCAUUUUGCCAAAUUCUGAGGCUAAAGUUAAUGGCUUCAAGGCAAACCAUGAUGAAAGUGAUGAGAGCCAUGUAGAUGAUGAGAAGGAAAGUGGGAAUUUGGAUUGUAGUAGCAUGAUAGUUUCUCUUCCAAGUUUAUCUACUUCAUCAAGCAAUCAUCAUAAUUGCUGGGGUUCUGCUUCAGUUUUAAGGGAUGCUUUGAUCUCUUAUAUUACAAAUGGUGAUGAUAUGCAAGUGGUUGGCUCUUUGAGUGUUUUGGCAACAUUCUUGCAAACUAAAGAGCUUGAUGAAUCAAUGUUAGAUGCUCUUGGAAUCCUUCCGCAACGUAAACAACAUAAGAAACUGUUGCUGAAAGCCUUGGUUGGUGAGGACUCUGGUGAAGAGCAGCUGUUUGCUACAGAAAACUGCACAUUGAAGGAUGGUGGAGAUGGUGAACUCAAUAUUUACCUUCAAAGGUUAAAGGACCAGUAUGAAGUGUCGUGUUCCUAUCAGGAAGUUGGAGAAAGCCCGCGUGUACAUAGAUAUCUAGUACUAGACGCGUUGAUUAGUCUUUUUUGCCGAACAAACAUAUCAGCAGAUACAUUAUGGGCUGGAGGUUGGCUUUUGAGGCAAUUGCUUCCUUAUAGUGAGACAGAGUUCAACACUCGUCAUCUUCAGUCCCUUAAGGAAUCCUUUAAGAAGUGUUGUAGCCAGCUUGUUGAAGAGGAAAGCGGAACCUGGCCUGAUCUACUCAUACAAGUGCUAUGUGAUGAGUGGAGGAAAUGCAAAAGAGCAAUUGAGGCUUCCUCUCCUCGAAAGGAACCCAAGUCCAUACUCUUCCCAACAAAGAAGUCCUCUUCAAGUGACAUUAUACCGGCUGAAUCAUCUUUUGCUGCUGGUGAAACAAUGUACGAGCGUGUUAAGGUAUUUGUGCUUCUUCAUCAGCUCCAAGUUUUCUCAGCUGGUAAAUCUUUGCCAGAUCAGCCUCCUAUCCUCCCUCCAGCUGACCUCCCUGAAAACUCCCGAGCAAAAUCCGCUGGUCUUAAUGUUAUUGGUCCAAAACUUAGCACCGAAUUAAAUCUUGUUGAUGCAGUGAGUUGUAGAAUUGCAUUUGAAAGGGGAAAGGAACGUGAGUUUAGCUUUUUAGCAAUUUCCAUGGGAACUUCCGGAUGGAUAAUUCUGGCAGAGGAGUUCCCUCAAAAACCCCAAUACGGAACUGUUCGUGUUGUCGCACCUUUAGCCGGAUGUAAACCAAGAAUCGACGAGAGGCAUUCAAGAUGGUUACACCUUCGAAUCCGACCAUCUACAUUACCUUUGACUGAAACAGCCAAGAACGCAGCCAACCUGAAACUAAAAUCAAAAUCAUUGGUGGAUGGAAGAUGGACGCUUGCAUUUAGAGAUGAAGCCUCUUGCAAAUCAGCUUUCACCAUGAUUCUUGAAGAGAUUGACUUGCAAUGCAAUGAAGUAGAACGAAGGCUUACCCCUUUGAUCCCAGAAGAAGAAGAAGAAAUGUGAAACAAUUUCAUAAAACUUCAUUACGGGCCGGGCCGGGCCAGGCCCCACACAAAAUAACGCCUUGUCUUUCUGUAAAUGUUCAUAAGACAAAUCUUGGCUCUUGGGUUCGGGUAUAUAGGAAUUUAUAUAGAUAUUAUAUGGCAUUAUAUAUAUCGUUGUAUAUUAGGCCAUCGUUAUGCGUUUUCAACUCUAUUUUCUUGUAGUAGGCUUCUUUGAUUGUUGCGAGAAGAAUGAAUGUAAAUCAUAAUUGCUAUUGUAUUCAUAUCGCCCUUAUUCUUUGUUUCAAUUCAGCAUUUCAGGAUGUACUGCUUUGGAAUAGAAAAACGUUGGACUAAACUUGCAAGUUUUUGUAUACAACAAGGACCAUUCUUGUAAUUUUACUCUGCAAAUACGCAUAUCAUUUUUUUUAUAUGUAUGAAAG